AUGGACUACAUCAGCACCCUGGCCCCCGCCUCCCUGCUGCAGUCGGUGUCCAGCGCUGGCUCGGAGGUGACCCGUCGGAUCUGGGCCCCCCGUGUCCCCCUCCCGUGCCCGUUCCGUGUCUGCGACCACCAGCGGGGGGGCCGCACGGGGCUGAGGGCCGUGACCCUGCAGGAGCUGCUGAACAAGGCGAUGGAGGUGCUGCUGGUGGCGGGGCUGGCAAGGCUGGUGCUGGAGGAGGACGGGACGGCGGUGGAGAGCGAGGCCUUUUUCCAGAAGCUGCCCCCCGACAUGGCCCUGAUGCUGCUGGGCCCUGGGCAGAGCUGGAGCCCCCCGCGGGUGUGUUACGAAGGGGCGGCCAUAGCAUCCCUGCAGGCAGCUGGAGCAACCCCGCAAAAGUCACACACCCCUAUUGCCACCACCUAG